AUGAUACUGAAACGAGUUAGUUUGGUGCUCUUAUCUGCAGCAGCGCUCUUCGUGGCGGGAACAGAAGCCGCCUUGAAAGGGUCGUCAAGACAAGAGGAGGAUGGUGUUCCCAACAGAAGAGACUUGGGGAGCCAUGCUAUGAGAUACAGGCAUCACGUUGCCAUUCAGGAGGCAUUUGCUGCCCAGCAGGGACACUAUGCAGAAGACGACGAUACACACCACAGUGGGGGCUACCUUCACGUGCACGACAGCAGCACAUACUACGACUACCACGUUCACGAAGCGAACUAUCUGUCACCAGACAUUACACCCAGACCUUUCACUAAUUGUAUCCCCGAGUCUUAUCAUGAGAACAACAGGAACCAUGGGAAACACAAACAUAAGCAUGGCAAGAACCACCAUGAUCACAAACACAAACACCAUCCCCACAAACAUCAUCACCAGAAGGUUGCAAAACACCACUUGCACACUGGCAGCAAAUCCAAAUCCAAGGCGAGGAACCACGCCGAUGACGACGGUGGCUAUCACGGUGACGACGAUGGCUAUCAGCAUGACGACCACAACUAUGAUGGUCAUGACGAACACGAGCACGAACACGAUGAUGAUGCAACGGCAGCUGCUGCAGGCACAGGAGACUAUCUCACAGCACACGCAACGUACAGCAAGGGAAGAGGUCACGGAGGUCAUGAUGAAGAUACGAGAUACUCCAAGGCUAAGGGCUCUAAGGGCUCCAAAAGCUCCUAUUACCGUCAACGAAACUUGGGGCACCACAGACAAGGACGCGGAAAUCACCACCAAGGAAGAGCAAGAAGAGGUUACCGAGGUAGCAUCCGAAAACGUCAAGGCGAUGGCGACGGUGUCAAGACUAUGUUUGGCACCGUCAAAAUGACGACUACCAGUGAAGACCUGCUGCUUAUCCAGGCAGAAGACUUCGACGAAGACUUAUCAGAACCACAGCUGCCAAAGACCAAGAAGUACAACCACUUCCAGCACCACCACCACGGUGAAGAGGAAGAGGAACAUCUCCCCAUUUGUCCCAAUACCACUCCUGUUCGCAGGACAUUCGGGCCCGUCCCGACUAUUCCACCACGAGGUGCGCCAACGAUUGCUCCGGGCAAUGCUACAGCUCCAACCGUGUCGCCACCAGGUGCUGGGCCAGCUCCGGGCCCCGAUGGAACCACGCGUGUUUUUAUCAUGCCUAGUUCCAGUUUGAGCUUUGGUCUGUUCGAAGAGACAACUCCGCGAGCGGCAACACAAGAGGAAAUCGAUGCACUGUUGGCCCGUACGUCCGAGUGGUAUGUUAUGAAGCUACAACCAAUUUUCCCAACACUGGUAAACUUCGAAACCGUGUUUUUGGAUCAAGUGUUCGACACGUCAGCUGAGUACCCCAUCAAAAUCGAUUUCGAUGCUGUCGCAGACUUCGAGCCUGGCACCGAACCCACUGUCGAUGAAAUCUUCAUGGCAAUGCAGAACCAAGACUAUCAAGUUUAUAUUACGGAAGCAGUAUGGACAGAGGACCAGUCCGGAGGUAUUUUCGAAUCGACCCAACGUUCCACAUUCAAUGCCCGUGUUGUAGGCACCGGCGGAAGGUAG